GCUAAAAUUUGGUGGAAAAAUUGUUGUCCUGAGAUUAAAAUUUUAAAUGAAAAAGAAGUACUUAGUUAUUUUAAAAAUAUACAAAACAAAAAGAAAGAAACAAAAGUGAUUAAAUAUAUAAAUUCAGAAGCUAAAGAAUGUUCUAUUGGUAGUAAUAUUAAAAUGAAGGGAUUUAAAGCUGAAAAAU